UGAAAUCUGUUUGUAACGUAUGGUUCCCGGCACCAAUAGAAAAUAGAAUAGAACCACUCCAUCUCUUUCCCAUGGAUGUCGUAAAAGACGACUAUGGGAUAGGCUUAUAAAUUUGGCAUUCUUCUUUUAGGGCUGUAGCAUUUUACUAUUUGAAUCUUAAUUCUAUCAUUAAGCCAAACAGAUGAACGUGGCAUAACAUACAUUGACAUGGACAUGAAUAUUGGCGUGAUAAUAAUAUACUUAUAUGUAUGUUGAAGUCUGUUUGGACUCCAUUUUUGCAAAUAAAUGUAUACCAAUUACACUCACGCCAAUAUCAGCGCAAUUCGAAUGGAGAAAAUAUGGGGUCAUCUUUGACUUUUACAUCGCCAGCAUAAAAUGAAGUCCAGAGAACUAAAGAAGUCAGUGGGAGUUCCCGCACGGUCGUCACACACGUUCGUUCGUUUCGUUUCGUACGUAUCAUGGCAUUGGUUGGCGGUUGGAUCAUCGGUUGGGUGAAUUCUUCUCUUGACGUUCAGUCAGUCAGUUGAAAUUAAUUAAUAUCUGUGGUUCAGUUGUUUCGUGCGGGGGCGGUGUGUGUCUCUAUAUUUAUUAAUUAUAAAUUUCGAGUAUUUUCGAACUUUGUAUUCUUUAAAUAAAAAGAGUUAUGUGAUAUCAAGCAUCUUAAAGAAAAAGUGUAAAUUUUCUAAUAAAUAUGAGUGAUAAAAAAGACGAGAAAAGGGAAAUUCGCGUCUGGUGUGAUGGAUGUUAUGACAUGGUCCAUUUUGGACAUGCAAAUUCCCUGCGGCAGGCCAAAGCUCUAGGCGAUGUACUCAUUGUAGGAGUUCACACUGAUGAAGAAAUUACUAAACACAAAGGCCCACCAGUAUUCACCCAAGAAGAGCGUUACAAAAUGGUCAGAGCUAUAAAAUGGGUGGAUCAUGUUGUGGAGGGUGCACCCUAUGUCACCACAUUAGAGACCCUAGAUAAAUAUCAAUGUGACUUCUGUGUACAUGGAGAUGAUAUUACUGUGACUGCAGAUGGAAUUGAUACAUACCAUUUGGUAAAAGAAGCAGGCAGAUACAGAGAGGUGCUAAGGACAGCUGGUGUAUCCACGACAGAUUUGGUGGGCAGGAUGCUGCUUCUUACCAGAGAACAUUUCAAGGGUGACAAACAGUACUCUGUGGCUCUGGAACAUUCUUCGAACCUCGGCACAGAUUCCACGGCGAGGUCCCCUUAUACAGGAUGUUCACAGUUCCUACCAACCACGCAGAAAAUUAUACAGUUUAGUAGCGGGUUGUCGCCGAAACCUACAGAUAGAGUUGUGUACGUGGCUGGUGCAUUCGAUCUGUUCCACGUUGGGCAUCUGGACUUCUUGGAGCAAGCGAAUGCGCAAGGGGACUUCCUCAUCGUCGGCCUGCACACCGACCUGGAGGUGAACCGGUACAAGGGCUCAAACUACCCCAUAAUGAAUCUUCACGAACGGGUGCUUUCGGUGCUCGCUUGCAAGUACGUGCACGAAGUCGUGAUCGGAGCUCCUUACAGCGUGACUGCUGAUCUGAUGGAUCAUUUCCGUGUGUCGGUGGUCUGCCACGGGAUGACGGCUACGGCACGGGACAUCGACGGGGCCGAUCCUUACGCCGUGCCCAAACAGCGAGGAUGCUUUAAAACAUUGGAUUCUGGAAAUACAAUGACCACUGAUGAUAUAGUGCAAAGGAUUAUUCGCCACCGGCUAGAGUUUGAAAUUAGGAACUCUAAAAAGGAAAAGAAUGAAUUGGAGAUUGUAAAUGCAUUGAAAAAUACCAACAUUAGCCACGCCAAACAAAAUGGCGACUGCGAUCAUAUCAAGAAGAAUGGUGAAGUAACUGAGGAGAGUUAAAUUGUAACAUAAAACAUUCAAUAGUUUGUAUGAGGGUUUUUGCUAUAUUAACUGUAAAUAAGAACGGUAUUAUAGCCAUAUUUUAAUCGCUGCGAUCGUUAGUUAAGUCAACGAAGCCCAAAAAAUGGUCUUUAAACCAACUAUGUAAUGCGAAGGACCAAUUCAUAACUGCAGAAGUAAGUCUUAUUACAAAUUAAAGGGUGUGUGUAAUAUUUGGGCAUACUGAUAAUUACAAUUAGUUACAGACGAAAACGUCGGUGGUCGAAUCGAUAAGAAGUGCCCAGGUAAAAUGCGUAAUGCGCAAAAAAGCUAGGUUCGAAUCCCACCUGGGCCAUGUACCAAUGACUAUUUUAGAUGUUAUGUAGCAUACACAUUACGUAACUUUAAAAACUAACCAAUGCUCUUACGGUGAGUGGAAACAUCGUGAGGAAACGUGCACAUUCAGGCAACUGAACAUGUAACCAUGAUCGAUCCAAUUUGGGUUGUGUUUACCUGCAAAGGUGGCGGAGGUCAAAUGAGAGUCGCUUCGUGUAAAAACAUAACUAGUUCAAUCCAGGAUCCAUGGUCAAAGGCAUACUCGGGGCUCCUCUCCAGAGUGGUGAGGAUACAACUGGGAAUAAAGCCAUGAGGAGAAGGACUGAUGAUUACAAAUUAGAAAACCAAUGGCUCUAGGUAUUGAUUUCUCAUUUGACAGUUAAUAUAGAAUAUCACUUAAUUUAAGAAUAUUUGAAUUACCAUAAUAACGAUAAUAAUCCUUUAUUAUUAUCGUUAUAUCGUUAUUCAAGUAAAUAUUUACUUUGUUGUAACCAACGAAAUUCAAAUGUUCUUGUAUUUAGUGUCACCCUAAAAUACGUGUUGGACUUGAAGGUUUUACUUUAUUUCAUUAUUUUUGUAAAAUGAACUUAACCUGCUAGUACCAAAUAUUUAUUUUUAUGUAAUAUUUAGAUGAAAAAAAUUUAAUAUUCAAUUGUAUUUAUGUUUUGGUUCCAAAUAUUUUGGCUGUAGUAAAUUUUUCUAGCUGUUUUUGGUAUCAAGAAUAGUAAUUCUUAAUUAUCUACAGAUAAAAAACAAGAAUAUGCAUGUGAUUCCAUAAAGAGAUUUGUCAAUUUAAUGGCGACAAUAAUUCUAAUUCAUCAUAUUUGCGUACCUCAAUUUAGUAUACCAAAUUUGGUUCCAAAGUAGAAUCUCUUUUUAUGGACACAUGGCAAAUACGAAAGGGUCUUUCCUAUAUUACACGUCAUUUCGAACUAUAAUUCUAAAUAAAAAAGACGUCAUAAAACAAUUCUAUACUUGAAUUACACUAUCAAAUUUGAUAAUAAAUAAUAAAACUAAUGCAUUUCAUGACAAUGAAAGACAUGCCAACAUUAAAGUUUGUGGUAAAAUCUUUAAGUUCGGACCUUAAACUAAACAUCACUAAAUGUAUACGUAAUAUUCCACAAGGACUUCUUAUAAACCUUAAGCAUGACACUAGCAUUACAGAUAAUAUUUGUUGCGUAGGAGUUUAAAAAAAAACUACGCAAAACAAUAUAAGGGCAUUUACAUUGUGAUAUAUACGAAAUAAUAGGAAAUAGAAAUAAUUAGCUGAAUAGUAGUUUAUUUACGUUUUCUCAGUGAUAAUUUUAAGGUUUUUUUCCUUAAUAUUUAUUCAGACAAAUACAAUUGUUUCACAGCCAUAGGCUUAUUCUCUGUGAAGAACAUGUUUAUCAAAUGUACCAUUUAGCCAAUGUAAUUACCACCGCCACCGUGAACAGUACUUGUACUUGGUGUUAUGUAUAUUUAUUUCAUUUCCCCAGUCUGUCUACAUAAUAUAUAUUUUAUUCAAAUGCCAGGUUUAUUAGAUAUAUUAUUAUUACACCAAAGAGUUAGAUCUCAUAACUUACAAUGAAAUCAAAAUAUUGUGUUUAACACAAACAAUCACGUUAAUGAAAUAACGGAAAUUCUGAGAAUAUAAGGAGGAGAGAAUAUAUAAGGAAAUAAUAUCAGUAAAAAGCUUUGCAUACAUUAGUUUUAGUCAAUUUUCUCGUUCAUAUUUUUUACGUUGUUUUACCGCCUAUUUUUUGUAAUGCAACAAAGUGAUUAAACAAAAAGCGAAACAAGUCUUAAUUUUUUACAAAAAAAAUCCUAACAUGGGAAAUCUAUUGUAACACAACAAGUAACUAUGGCUUGCGUUUGUUUUUACAGCUUUUGCCAUUCACUAAACCGUUUUAUAGCAUUCUGGGUGAUAUCAUAAAAAAUAUUUAUUCCGUUUUUAUUAUGUUAAGUUAUUGUUGUUUCGUUAAUGUUACUUAUAACAUUUUAUUAUUAUAGUGUGGUUGUUUAUAUUUUUAAUGUAUAUUUUGUUUUCUAAGUGUACUAUACAAUGAGUUUGUCGAAUCAAUAUUUACUAUCAUUAUGGUCUAUUAAUCAAUUUUCACUCAAUCUAUAAUUUAAUGUUAUCCAAAUUUAUAUAGUUGUUUUUUCAAAAUCAUUUCAUUCUUUCUUAAACUUUCUAUAACUUUUUAAAAGUAAAUUAUCCUAAAUCAAAUAAAAUAGGUUUAUUUAAAAAUUCUCUUUGUAAAUUAUUGAUAAUUGUAAAUUAAUGUUAAAUGUAGAUAUAAUAACCAAAAAUACAAGUUGAAAAUAGUUUACUUAUGUAUAUUUAUGUUUCCUAAAUGUGCAGUCAAAUUGUGUUUACCUACUAACUACCUUUUAAUGUGCUUAAAAGUAACUUUGAAAUAAUUCGUGUAGUUUAUCAUUUUAAUAAACACGAAAAUGGUAAAUAAAAUACCCUGAAAGAGAGUUGUUCUUUUUAGUAAAAUCUAAAAGUGAAACAAAAGCUUUUUUUCUAGUGUAGGUCUUACAACCAACAUUACUGUUUAAGUACCUUUUUGUCUUGUAUAUAAACUUCACAAAUUAUUUUAAUUGAUCACCCAUUGUGGGCUUAUUUUCAUAUGCUGUAAUGUGCUGUAUGAUAUUUACCUAUGUCAUAAUUACAAUUUAUAAUAACUAUUCGAAUGAUUAAUUAAUGAAUAUAUAAAAUAGUAUAGCUAGCUAAAAUAAAUAAUAAUCAAAAAGCGAUGUUUGUUU